AUGGCCGCUGUACAAGCUGUGGAAGACGCUUCGCGCAUCCCGUCGCACCGCAUGCCGGGCGUGCGUGUCCAGCACCUGCGCGAGUUGGCGCAGCAGACCGAGACGCGCAAGGAGGACCGCCGCGCGGCGGUGAUCCGCAAGGCGCGCGAGGAUGUGGGGCGGCACUACCAGGUGGCCUCGAUCAUUGGCGAGGGCGGGUACGGCGUCGUGUUCAGCGCCGUGCACCGGCGCACCGGCGCGCGCGUCGCGAUCAAGCGCGUCGCGCCGUUCGAGCACCACCUGCUGGCGGUGCGCACGCUGCGUGAGCUGCGCCUGCUGCGCUACUUUCACGAGCACAGCGGCUGCGAGAACAUCAUCAAGCUGCUGGAUGUCGUCGUGCCGGGCGACCGCUUCUCGUACCAGGACAUGUACUUUGUGCAGGAGAUGAUGGACACGGACCUGUACCGCGUCGUGCGCACGCAGGCGCUGAGCCACGAUCAUGCGCAGUACUUUACGUACCAGAUCCUGCGCGGCCUCAAGCCGAUCCACGCGGCGGGUGUGCUGCACCGCGACAUCAAGCCCAGCAACCUGCUCGUCAACGCGAACUGCGACCUCAAGAUCUGCGACUUUGGGCUCGCCCGCAGCAUGGCGCGGCACACGCGCCGCGACUUGCAGCUCACAGAGUACGUCGCGACGCGCUGGUACCGCGCGCCGGAGAUCAUGCUCUCGAGCCGCUCGUACACCAAGGCCGUCGACAUCUGGUCCGUCGGGUGCACGCUGUUCGAGAUGCUCACGGGCGAGCCGCUGUUCCCCGGCAAGGACUACCACCACCAAAUGAUGCUCAUUCUCGAGGUGCUGGGCUCCGCUUCGAUCGAGAGCAUCUCGGCGCAGUGCGCCGUCCGCGCGCUCGACUACGUACGCUCGCUGCCGUGGUGCGCCGGCAAGUCGUGGGCUUCGCUGCUGCCGCACGUCCCCGCCGACGCCCUCGACUUUCUCGCGCGCACCGUCGUCAUGGACCCGGCGCAGCGCAUGACCGUCGAGGCGUGCCUUGCCCACCCGUUUGUCGCGCCGUACCACGACCCGAGCGACGAGCCGGGCGCGCCGCUCCUCGAUGCGCCCCUCGCCGCGCACUUUGACGCACCGCCGCCCAGCGUGCAGGCGGACGUGUACCGCCAGGCUUUGUGGGACGAUGGCCAGUACUACCAGGCACGCACGUCGCGGGCCUAG